AUGGAUUCAAAUUAUAAUUACGAUCAAUAUGCAUAGAAGGCAUAUUCUGCCAAUGUUUUCAAAGUUGAUGAAUCAGAAUUUAUUAUUGAGAAGAGAUACAAGCCAACAUAAUAAUUGGGAAGCGGGGCAUACGGUAUUGUUAUUGGUUGUGAAGAUACAAAGGCUACAAUACCAGAAUAAAAAAUGGUAGCAAUCAAAAAAAUAGAGAGAACUUUCGAACAUCGAUUUUAUGCUAAAAGAACUCUUCGAGAGUUAAAAAUCUUAAGAAAUUUAAAACAUGAAAAUAUAGUUAAUCUUAUUACAAUAUAACUUCCGAAAUCCAGGAAGAAUUUUUAUGAUAUAUAUUGUGUUACAGAACUAUUAGACACAGAUUUGAAGCGUGUUAUUGAUAAAGAACAUGCCAAAUUGAAUUAGGAUCAUUUUAAACUCUUUUUAUACCAGAUUCUUAGAGCACUUAAAUAUAUGCAUUCUGCAAAUAUUUUACAUCGAGAUUUGAAACCAACAAAUCUAUUGUUAAAUAAAUAAGAUUGUAUGUUGAAGGUCUGCGAUUUUGGAUUGUCCAGAGCAUUGCUAUAGACUACAAAAACACAAUAAUAAAAUCCUAAUAUCAUGACAGAUUAUGUUGAAACAAGGUAUUAUAGAGCACCUGAAUUAUUGUUGGGUCUUAAAACCUACACUUAAGCAGUUGAUAUUUGGAGUGUUGGAUGUAUUUUUGCAGAAAUUGUUAGAGGAAAAACACUGUGGAGAGGCUAGAAUUCAAAGCAAUAAAUCAAAAUGAUAUUUGAAACCAUUGGAACACCAUCUAAGACUAAAAUAAUGUAAGUUCAAGAUACAUUUGUAUCACAAAAACUAGUUGAACUUAUUUAAGAAUUGGGAACUUUAGAGAAAGUACCAUGGGAUAGAGUGGUGAAAGGAUUACCACCCGAAGGAUAUGAUUUAUUAGAGAAGCUUUUAGAAAUUGAUUAUAAAAAGAGAAUCACAGCAGCUGAAGCUCUUAAACACCCCUAUUUGAAGGAGCUCCACAACCCAAGUGAUGAGCCCACUAGAGUUCCUGUUUCCAAUAUGGAAUUCGAAUUUGAAAUGUAUGAAUUUACAAAUGAGUAACUUAAAGAUAUGAUAUAUGAGGAGAUACUAUUAUAUCAUUACCCCGAUUUUAAGAAAUCUUAUGAAGAAAAAAUAGCCAACAAUUAAAGUGUCAUCAACCACAUUAUGAAAGGAGAGAGUGCCAAAAUAAUUGAUCCUGAAGCUGAUGAUGAUUAUCCAGUAUGA